AUGAAAGAUGAAGUGAUUGCUCUAGAAGGAUACGAACACGUGAAUUUGGAUGCUGGCCAUAUAAAUUUCCAGAAUACCCCUGUCAAGCUCGAAUACUGUCCCGAGACAGCCAUUGACGCGGAGAUCGAGAAGGCGUUUCUGGAGUUCCACACCUUGGGCAACCACAAUGGCAUCAAGCUCGAGACUCCCGACUCCCUCUCGCCAGAGGAGCACCAGUGGACCACGCCAGAAGCCCCUAGCUUCGAGUGUUUUGACGAAACCAGCCAUCAUGUGCUUAGCAGUGUAACCUCUGAAGAGAUGGAUGUUACAGCCAAGCAGCACCAGCAACAGCAAAACUUGCCAAGCAAGCAGCAAAGCGAGAUGAACUGCGACACCGUGGCAUUGUUGAAGCAAGAAUUGGCCAACCACUCCCGUCUUGUGGGCACCUACACAACCAUGAAAUCAGCAUACUUGAAGCUCUGCUCAGAGUUCAACUACCUUUUGGGCAAGUUCAACGACAACGAGCGGAUCAAGCUCAACCUCAUUCACGAAAACAACGAGUUGCGACAAUUGCUCGUAGACGUGAUCAAAGAAAAAGAAUUGGACCGGAGGCGGUACAAGGAAGAGCUCUUGGGGGCAGGCAUGGGUCAGGCGUAG